CCAAGAUGUGUGAUCAAACGUUCCUCACUGUCUUGUUUGGUCCCUGUAGCAGAUGCCACAGGGAAAGACCUUUAAGGACUAUUUACAUCAAAGCUGAGCCAGUGACCUUCUGCUCACUAUGCGUGGAAAUGAUGGCAACUGAAGGCUUGCAGGAGAACGAGACCUUGGCUUCUCUGAAGAAUGAAGCAGAGAGCCUUAAAGGAAAGCUGGAAGAAGAGAGAGCCAAAUUGCAUGAUGUGGAAUUACACCAAGUGGCAGAGCGCGUGGAGUCUCUUGGACAAUUUGUCAUGAAGACAAGGCGGACGCUGAAGGGUCAUGGCAAUAAGGUGCUCUGCAUGGACUGGUGUAAAGAUAAAAGAAGGAUUGUGAGCUCAUCCCAGGAUGGAAAAGUGAUUGUGUGGGAUGCAUUCACCACCAACAAGGAGCAUGCGGUUACUAUGCCUUGUACCUGGGUCAUGGCGUGUGCCUAUGCCCCGUCCGGCUGCGCGAUUGCAUGUGGCGGUCUUGACAAUAAGUGCUCAGUGUACCCGCUGACCUUCGAUAAGAAUGAAAACAUGGCAUCAAAGAAGAAGUCUGUAGCAAUGCACACUAACUACCUGUCUGCUUGUAGCUUUACUAAUUCAGACAUGCAGAUUCUGACAGCUAGUGGAGAUGGGACAUGUGCUCUGUGGGAUGUGGAGAGUGGACAGCUGCUCCAGAGUUUUCACGGACAUGGAGCUGAUGUUCUUUGUCUGGAUCUGGCACCUUCUGAAACCGGAAAUACCUUUGUGUCUGGGGGCUGUGACAAAAAGGCAAUGGUCUGGGACAUGAGAACCGGGCAAUGUAUUCAGUCCUUCGAGACUCACGAGUCUGACAUAAACAGUGUCAGGUAUUACCCUAGCGGAGACGCGUUUGCUUCAGGUUCAGACGAUGCCACGUGCCGGCUAUAUGACCUACGGGCUGAUAGAGAAGUGGCCAUUUAUUCCAAGGAAAGCAUCAUUUUUGGAGCAUCGAGUGUGGAUUUCUCUCUGAGUGGUCGUCUCCUCUUUGCUGGAUAUAAUGACUACACGAUUAAUGUCUGGGAUGUUCUGAAGGGGACAAGGGUGUCCAUCUUAUUCGGCCAUGAGAACAGAGUCAGCACUUUACGUGUGUCUCCUGAUGGAACUGCUUUUUGCUCGGGGUCGUGGGAUCACACGCUAAGAAUCUGGGCAUAAUUCCCCGGCAGCUGUCCUGAUGAAACAAAGCAUGUGUACCUAUGAUGUUCGCAUCUGUACAUUGUCUUGGGAAACUUGCUGCACAAAGAAAACGAUGCAGUUUACAGACGAUAACUACCCCCUAUAUAUAUAUAUAUAUAUACAUAUAUAUGAUACUUAGCAGUUUGAUAGAUGCCAAUAAGGGUUAAAUUUACUUCUCCAAGAUUUUAAAUUGUCCAUAUUACCUAUGCGGUAUUAAGGUUGGACACUUGUUUCUUAAGUUGGUACAUCUGUGUCCUCAUGCUCCACCCAAGGUGCUCUAUUGAGAGCUUCCACUCAUAACAUAACUCAGAGGAGGAAUUGCUGGCAGAGACCUCGAAGCUUGGAUACGAGAGAGUCCUGGAAACUACCAUCUGAGAACGGCCAAGAUGACCCUUGGUAACGCAUAGUUAAUGUUGGGAGAUUUUUCAUACUACUGGAAUUCACCUUUUAGUAGAUUCUUCUUUUCAUGUGCACCCCCAGUCAACAAAUG